AUGAAUGAUUAUUUUUCUAUUGUAUCAACACUUUACUCGUUUUUCACCGAAUCAGGUGUGACCAAUAAGUUCUUUAAAAAAGCUCAAGAAGAUUUACAAUUAAGUCCAUCGCUCGAUUAUGCUCGAAGUGAAUGUCUUAUAUCUUCAAUAAUACAACAAAUAGCAGAUUUAAGAAAUCAACAAUCAUUUGAUUAUAUUUAUUGUCACGCUACAGAAUUUUGUACAUUAAAUAAGAUUGAUUUAGUUGAGCAAUAUAGGCCACGUCGAACAGCAACUAUUCCGGCUCGAUUUGAAGAAUGUAUAAUUCCAUCUACACUUGGUCAACGUGAAGUAUUAUCAACACCAAUUGAUUUUUGUGAAAAUUUAUACUAUCCCUUAAUCGAUUGCAUUUUGAUUGAGUUGAGAGACCGUUUUUCUGCUAAAACCUUAUCAUUAUUAAAAAGUCUUUCUACGGUUUAUCCAGAUAGCGAAAAUUUUCUAAAUAUUGGUGAUGUUAAAAUGUUUUGUGAUCAUAUAGAUGGUGAUUUACAGGCAAUUAAAAAUGAAUUUCAGGUAAUUAAACCAAUGAUUAAAAGUAAAUCGGUUACUAAUAUUAUUGAAUUUUUGGAUGAAUUAUUGCCGAUGGCUGGUGCAUUUCCGAACACUAUUCAAAUGAUUAAAGCUGUAAUAACAAUGCCAGUAUCUCAAGUUACAUGUGAAAGAAGUUUUUCCAAGAUGAAAUUAAUAAAGACAUAUGCACGAAACACUAUGAAUGAUGAUCGCCUCAGCGAUUUAACAGUUUUAGCAACAGAACGUUCAUUUGAAAUAGAUUUUGAGCAAGUGGUAGAUGCUUUUGCAAACAAUCAUAAGGAUAGUAGAAUCAUUUUACGUUAA